ACGACAUCAAACGCGACGGCGGAUUUCUUCAGGAAGUCGAAACGGACGACGCGGUAAACAUGGAGGUGUUCGUUGUUUUUCCGUCUUUGCGGUUUAGUCCCUUCCCUGUCCAAGACAAUGCGACUGUCAGAGACCUGAUAAGACUGUUCACGCCCGGAGAGGGCAUCUCGGAUGUAGAUUUCUACAUAAAGAAGAAUGGCAGGAUAUCAGGAGGUGAUGAAAGACUGCAACCCGGAGCGGUCUAUCGCAUCGAGCCUCGUUUACGUGGGGGCAAAGGAGGUUUCGGCUCCAUGCUGCGAGCUCUCGGGGCUCAGAUUGAGAAAACCACCAAUCGAGAGGCUUGCAGGGAUCUGAGUGGGCGGAGACUCCGGGAUGUCAAUCACGAAAAAGAAAUGGCCGAGUGGUUAAAGAAGCAGGCCGACCGCGACGCGGAGAAGGAGCAGCGACGUUUGGAGAGGAUUCAGAGAAAACUGGCCGAGCCGAAGCACCGCUUCACAGACGCCGAGUACGAGCGGCAGUGUCACGAUCUCUCCGAACGGCUGGAGGACUCUGUUCUCAAAGGCAUGCAGGCUUCAUCCAGCAGCAUGGUCCAGCCAGACGAUAAGGUGCCCCGGAAACGCCUGGCCAAGAAAAUCGAAUGCACUUCUUCAAAGAAGAAAUGCUUCUGGACCGGCCUUGAGGACCUCGAGGACAUGGACAGUUCGGAUGCAGAGAGCGACGAGAGUGAAUCCAAAGCCUCUUCGUCUUCAUCCUCCUCGUCCUCUUGCUCUGGUGCUGGUCCUUCGUGCAGCUUUCAGCCAGCCAGAGUUCCACCAACAGCAACCACGGAGCAGCAGAAAGACGAGUCUCAGGACCGACCCUGCAGCAGCAGCAGUUCCAGCGCCAACUCAGCAUCCUGCUCUCCGCAUCCUGCAGAAGAGAAGGAGGAGCGAGCAGAAGAAAUGGAGGAGCGAGCAGGGGAGAAGGAGGAGCGAGCAGAAGAAAUGGAGGAGCGAGCAGGAGAGAAGGAGGAGCGAGCAGGAGAGAAGGAGGAGCGAGCAGGAGAGAAGGAGGAGCGAGCAGGAGAGAAGGAGGAGCGAGCAGAAGAAAUGGAGGAGCGAGCAGGAGAGAAGGAGGAGCGAGCAGAAGAAAUGGAGGAGCGAGCAGGAGAGAAGGAGGAGCGAGCAGAAGAAAUGGAGGAGCGAGCAGGAGAGAAGGAGGAGCGAGCAGGAGAGAAGGAGGAACGUGUUGUAAAAGCAGAUACGAAACAGAAUGUCAGAGAUAAUCCCGAAGUCGAGAAGGACAAGAUUAUUGAGAAGGUAGAUGCACAGCCAGCUCAGGCAGGGGAAGCCGAUGCUCUAUUGGACCUGCUGUCUGUGAGCGGCGUGGAGGAGCUGGAAGCUCUCGGUCUGGAGCGGCUGAAGGUCCAGCUGACGAAACGAGGGAUGAAAUGCGGAGGAACGCUGCAAGAGCGCGCUGCUCGACUCUACUCCGUCAAAGGGCUCAGCGCCGAUCAGAUCGACCCGGCGCUUUUAGCCAAACCCAGCAAGGGCAAAAAGAAAUAACCAGGACGAAAGCUACUUUUUUCUUUUCUUUCUCUUAAUUCUUUUAAUGUUGCUGUCAAAUGUCAUUUCGCUGACAAUUCGUUUCAAUUUGCCGUUUUAUAAUUUCAUCCAAUAAAAGUUUUGAAGAGUU